UUCCGUGAACUACUGACGUCCGACGCAACGCGUACCGUGACUACUUAAAAACUCGACGCUCCGCCGAUCACACCUUGAAACCGGCACGUUGGAAUGAGAUAGAGAUUGGCAAAAUUCAUGAACAAGUUCGGAGGAUAACUGCCGGCGAAUUUCAUCGGACAGAUUAUCGUUGAGCAAACGUAGUAGUAAUUUGGACGAGUAUUUUUUUGAACUGACCAACAAUUUUUCGUUACGCUUGUAAAAAUAUUGUGAGAAAAUCGGAUCUCUCGUUGUGAUAAAUUGUUGCGAUUUCGAGCGGAUACAAAAAGAAAAAUCCGAACGCGGAGGGAUUUUUUUGUUCUUUUUUUGUCAUCUUUCUCUCACAUCACGUAAUAAUGUAGAAAAUUAACAGGGCUCAUUAAUAUUCUGGUGAGAUAUAACACGGUGCGUGAUGAUGCAAAAAUCUGUGUCGAUCGAUUAGGGCGACUGUAAUAUAGAAAGUGGGAGCUUUAGCGGAAGCCGGCAGAAAUACCAGCGCAAGAUGCCUGUGGGCGGUAGGGUUGCUGGCAAGGUCGGCAUAUACAGCACUCUCUACAAUGGACGAAGCCACAGCGGAAUUAACGAAGAGAUUAUUUGGAUUAGCAUAGGAAUGGGUAUAACAAUCGCAAUUCUAAUAACCAUAGCACUGUGCUACAUAGUCAGAGAGAAAUGUCGGAAACGACACGAUGGAUAUUAUGCCUCUUGACGAUCUCUACCUCCGCCCUUGUGGGCGGCACCCUUAACUCCACCGCCAGGAAUACUCGCGAGUCCAACGCCAUCCAAGGGGAGUCCGAAGGCUUAUUACAUCACCGUGUAGUGUAUCGCGAAGUUAAGGAAACUCAACAAACAUCUGCGCGAUGAUAUACGUACGGAACGGGUGAAGCCCGUAACGAAAAAAUCAACAAAGAACGACCCGGUCACGUUUUGCAUAUGAGAAAAAAAAAACAAAAAAUCAUUCAUAACAAUUAGUAAAUAGGGUAUAUAUAAUGCUAGAAAGUCUUGUGGAAUAUUUAUUUUUCUAAAUUAUAUUGUAGAUCACGUAGACGCUCGUCUGUUGAAAACGAAAAAAAACAAAAAUCGUUCCAAAAAAUUGGAUAACUAUACUAUACAAUAGCUGUAUGAAAAUGAAAAAAGAAAAAAAAAUUAGGGUAGCAGAUCGUACGCGUCUAAUAUAAUAUACCUUUUGCGUUUUAGUUGGAAAAAAAAAACUUCAGACUUUAGAUCUCACUAUGCAUAAAUGUACAUGUUUUAUCGUAACAACAUAGUUCAAUGAGAGUGUAAUUAUGAAAAUAUUUAUAGAUAUUGAACAUAUUGUAGUGAUUAAAUGUAAUCGGAUCGAUACGCUUUAACAAUACGGUUAUAAACUCGUCUAUCUCAAAGUUCAACCGGUAAUCAAAUAGAAUAAAAAAAAAAACGAACGAAAAAAAAAAUUAGUAAAUAAAAAGAUAAUUAAUAACUGCCAAACCCAAUAUUGGACAAAAAAAUUAAUGAAACAUCUUAUCUAUAAAAUUUUCAAUUAUGUGAUAUCGUUGAUAGAACUGAACCAAAAUUCUGAUCGUAAUUGAUGCGUCAUACUCGUAUCACACGUUCUUUAGUUAAAAUUUCGUCAUACCUAACCGAUAUUAGAUCCGGUAUCUAUGUGUCUGAUAUUGGUACCAAAAAAUAUGUAGCCGAACAAUAUAGUAGCUGAAAUCCGGAUUAUUUAUUGGAACUGUCCUCACUAGAUAAGAGUCGUUGACAAGAAGGUGUAAAGAAGUAAAAGAACUCAUAGAAAAACGUGAUUCGUGUAUAAUCUAAUGAAAGUGUGUAUUAUAUAGUACAUUGAUACGUGUUAGAGCUUUAAAUUUAGCUAAAAGUAUGUCGAAAUCGAUGUCUCUAUAUAUUAUAUACCGAUUGUUCUUUUGAAUAACUAUUCAAUAAUUCAAAUGUAGAUAGAAUCCAUUGGAUAUAUUACGAUGAAGUUUCUACCGAUUUUUAUAUCGGUGGGACGAAUUAAUGCAACAAAAAAAAAAAAAACUUAUUCAAAGAAAGAUAGAACAAAAUUGCGGACCAAUCAUUAUAUCUACUGGUCAAUGAAUAAAUUACUAUUACUAUAAAUAUCACAUUUAGAAACUUAAAAUUACAUAACAUGAAAGUUUGUGUACAACUACUCAUGUAUUAUCGUUUAUAAAGAUGCGAAUAAUUGAUUUUUGUAAAAACUUCAUUUUCAAUGACGUAUACUAUAAUACGAAAUGAGCUACUCGAUGUAUAGAAAAAAGUGUAACACCUACUCGCAACAAUUAUUGUUGUACUAUAGUGAAAGUAUUAGCGGUUAAUGAAUGAAACCAAAGAAAAAAAAAAAAAAGAAAAGACUACUUUGAAUCACAGUAGAUUGAAUAAUUAGAAACCAUGGUAUAUGCUAAUUACACCUGCUUUGAUUUCAUUUGAUUAGGCUUGAUCAAUAUCUCAAAUGCCUUCCAACUGGUUCUCCGGUAAUUUCAAAGGAUCCCUCUUAGUUGUCUCUCCAUAGCAGCGAGAUAUUAGACAUCUACGGGAACGUGAAGCGAAUGAGAUUGUCGUAGAAUUAACGUACCAAAUUCUCACUUUGGCUCUACUAGAUCACUCUGGCGUGUACAAGUUUUGUGGUUCGGAAGGAAUAGGCGGCUCCAUUCGGAGGUAAAUUCGAGAUUUAGAUGUUUUUGUUUUUUUUUUCUGGAUGUUGUUACGUGAAAUAUUAUCAAUAAUUUCGUGUAUCUCGUACAUUCGAGGAUAGGCUGAACGAAGAAAAGAAAAAUAAUGAUAAUAAAAACCAAUUGAUAUUCAAACGACGUUGUAACGCAAGUAAUAUACGAGAAGAAAAGUACUA